UUUGAAGGCUCCCAUCGUCGUCAAUUACAGAGUGAUAUUCCCAAAAUUUCGUCAAUAUGGCUAACCCAGGUCGCCUACGAGGCCGUCCAGCACACACGCCUGGCCCGACAUAUCUGAGCUAUACGCCGAACGGAAGGCAUUUGGUCACUGUCGGGCUGAACAAUGCCAUUCGAAUCUUCCAGUCUGGCUCAGAUUCCGAGCCGACGAACAUCGAUAACUGUCAGGAAUCUAAUUUUGCCGUGGCAGCUGCGAAUGGUUUCUUUAUCACGGGAUCGGAGGAUGGCACCGUGUCGAAGUACUCUAUGCAGUCGAAUACGUUGGAAGAGGUCUUAGUACGGUGCACGUUGCCAGUGCGAGAUGUUGCGCUGUCGCCAGAUCACCAAUGGGUGGCUGUAGCAAGCGAUGAACUUGUUGUCAAAGUCGUCAAUACGGAAGAUAUGACCCGCGUAUUAUACCUCCGCGAGCAAUCGAAAGGUUCUAAACAUGUCUCGUUCGACCCGUCCGGCACAUGUCUUGCAGUGUCCUGCUCAGACGGCAUCAUCUACAUAUACUCCAUGAGCUCGGAGGAACCGCAACUGGUUAAAAAGGUCGAUGGUGUGGUCAAAUCUUUCGAAACGGACUCCGAGUCAAGCGCUGCCGUCCUCUGGCAUCCUGAUGGACGAGCAUUCGCCGCACCGACCGGUACCCGAGAUAUCCAGGUGGUUUCCCAGGAAGACUGGGCCAACCAGAAAGUCUUUUCGAAUGGACAUACCGGAAAUAUUACUGCACUUGCUUGGUCGCCGAAUGGGGCAUUCCUUGCCACCUCAGGAGCAGACCGCAAGUUGAUCUUGUGGGAUGCUCUGAAACAAACCGUCGCCCAUGUCUACGACGAUAUCCCCGCGACCAUCCUCGCUCUCAAAUGGCAUCCAGGGGAGAACAUCCUUUCGUACACCACCAAUGAAGGCGAACUGUUCAUUCGCCCGAACUUCGUACCCAGUGAGCUAUCCUUUGCUCUUCGAGAGGGCAUCAAGCCUGCACCACUGCUCCAUGAUACUCUAGGUGGCGCGAAGCAGAAUGGCAUCAAUGGAACUAAGCCAAACGCGGGACCUCCACGGCGCAGAGAUGGCACCCCCGACACGCUCGACGAGAUCAUGGGAUCGGAUCUUGGAUCGGAUCUUGGUAGUGAUGUUGGUUCGUUGAAUGGCUUCAUCGACGACGAUGACGGCGCGGGCUACACCGAGGGGUUGAAUGGGCAUGGCAAGCGAACAAAUAGCCAUCUCGACCCCGUCGACACCAACCGACCGAAAAAGCGAUAUGGAGGGUAUGGAGGAUAUGGCGGCUUCGAAAUCCAGCACCACGAAGCCUUUCAACCCGGCAGCACAUCAUGGCGCGGCAACCGCCGCUACCUCUGCCUCAACCUCAUCGGCUUCAUCUGGACCGUCGACCAAGGAACCCACAACACUGUGACCGUCGAGUUCUACGACCGUGAAUUCCACCGCGACUUCCACUUCACCGACCCCUUCCUCUACGACAAAGCCUGCCUCACCGAGCACGGCGCCCUCUUCGCCUGCCCUCCCUCCGCCACCCAACCCUCCACCAUCCACUACCGCCCCCACGAAACCUGGACCGCCCGCACCGACUGGCGCACCCCGCUCCCCGCUGGCGAACACGUCACCUCCAUCGCCCUGAGCGACGCGUACGUCGUCGCCACUACCUCCGACCACUAUGUGCGCAUCUACUCACUGUUCGGCGUGCCGCUCCGCGUGUACAAGCAGAAGAGCUCGCCGGCCGUGACGUGCGCCGCGUGGCGGAACUACGUGAUGACGAUCGGGAACGGGCCGCCGCGCGCGGAUGGGUUUUGUAGUCUGCUAUAUUCGAUUGAGAAUGUGAAGCGCGAUGAGGUGUGUCAGAUGGAGGACAUUGUAGCGGUUGACGAGCACGCGAAGUUGCAGAGCGUAUUCUUCUCCGACUCAGGGGAUCCCUGUAUCUACACCAGUAAUGGCCUCCUCCUCACCCUCCUCCACUGGCGCCUCCCCAAUCAAGCCCGCUGGACCCCCCUUCUCGACACCACCCACCUCCCCCGCCUCGCCUCCGGCCUCAAAGACGAAACCUACUGGCCCGUCGCCGUCGCCCACGAGAAAUUCCACUGCAUCAUCCUCAAAGGCGGCGAGCGCUCGCCCUACUUCCCGCGGCCCCUGCUCUCCGAAUUCGAGUUUUCAGUGCCACUGUCUACCCGCCCGAAGGCGAAGACGGCUGGUGGAGCGGAUGGGGAGGAAGAACCUGACGUCGACGAGGCCGCGCACCUCGAGCAGCAAUUCGUAAAGAACUCUAUCCUCCUCUCCCUCCUCGACGACAUGCUCUCCGCGACACGGGCCACCUCCUCUCAGCGCGCGGAACUCGGACGGCGGGAGAACGAAGUGGACAAGGCGGUGCUGCAGCUGGUGGCGGUGGAGUGUCGGACGGGGGAGGAGCGGGGGAUGAAGGCGCUGGAGUUGGCGGGGUUGCUAAGGGAUCGGAGCGGGCGGAUGAUGGAGGCGGCGGAGAAGAUUGCGGGGCGGUAUGGGAGGGACGGGUUGGGGGAGAGGAUAAGGGGGUUGACGGAGCGGCGGUUAGUGGGAUGGGAGGAGGAGGAGGGAUAA